CUCCCCGUCGAUUCGAAGACAGUGUUACAGCACGUAACUUUCUUGGAAUUCUGGUCCUUCCCAACGAUCAUCCUUACAUAUGAGUCGUAUGAGAUCCAAGAUGCCUGCAGAUACUAGUGAUGGAAGUGACUGUGAUGAGCUGCGUUUAUAACUGCGAUAAUAUCGACUUUUCAAACGCUUCGACCACUGCUAAAACAAAGUGUCUCAUUUAGAAAUUUAAAUAACUGGGAAUUUAAAGACGUAAAAAGGAAUUUUUCACUUUCGCUGCGAAAAAUCUUCGUAUUUUUUAGAAUCAAAUCUUAUUUAUUUAUGUGCAUUUAAUUCCAUGGCACCUGGAUUACCUCAAAACCCAGUUACGACGAACAAUUUGUCCGCGAAACUUUAUUCGCCGGAAGCUAUGCACCUUGCGAACGUUUCGGAAGACGAAAACAUAACUUUUCGAAACUAUUCAGAAGUGGGGAAUAUGAGUUUGGUCAAGAAGUCUCUGGAGAUCAUCGGGGUAGUUCUUGUCGACGACAGGGCUCUUGGAAAAAGUGUUGCAUCUUCCGAUAAUAAAGCAGUUGUUCUUGGGACUGUUUGUAUAGAAAAUUUAAAAUUGACUUUGGAUGAUCUCCGUCGUCUUAUGUGUACAGAACUACCGUGCCUACCUGCCUCCUUUAAUUUUCUUACCAAAGACGGGUGGCCUAUUUUUAAACUUCAGGAACACAAACUGAAAGCUAGUCAUGUUAUUAGUGAAAACAACUGUAUUUGUAUUAAAAAAGAAUUUGAAAAGCCACGAGUUGGUAUAAUUACUUCAACUGGUGAUCACAUAGGUUUUAUAUUUACAGAUUUGAAUGUCAAUGUAAAGCAGCUUAGAGAUAUUAUUGAACAACAGUUAAAAAUAUCUCAACGAUUAAGGGUAGAAUACAGGUUUUUAGAGAGAAAUGGGUGGCCUGUCAUGCCAAACCAAGAACCAAUUUUGUCUGUGGUGGAUAUAAUGUUAGGCCAAGUUGUGUGUAUACAAAGUACAGAAAGAAACAGUGUAUCCCUUUUAUAUGAACCUGGACAGCCAUCCAUAAUUUCUGCUCAGACAUCUCCUACUAAAAGUCAGCCAAGUAUUGAGCAUGAUAUAAUAGAAGAUCCAGAGGGAGGUAAAAGAGUUCCUAAAACUAGUAGGGACGGGUCUACAAAAAUAAGAACUGGAAGUGACAAGAGAAUGCGACUUGAGAAGGACAACCCUAUUCUGAUAAGUUAUGUGCGAGCAGAAGCGGCUCAGUAUGCUUUAGAUUUGAAGCAAGAACUUGUUUCUCUCAAAUUCAAUGUCUACCUGGAUGUACAUGAAAUAAAAACAGGUUCAGACUGGCAAGAUGCUUUGAAUUUUGCAGUGACACAUUGUUUUCUCUUUGUUCCUCUUAUUACCCCAAUGUAUGGGAAAACACAGUGGACUAACCGAGAGGUAAAGCUUGCUGAUGUUCUAGGAAAAAGGAUUAUUCCUGUAAAUUUCAUGGAGCAUUGGCCUCCACCUUGUUUAGCUAUUCAAUUUGCAUCAACUCAGUAUAUUCCUUGGAAACUUCAAGAUACUGAUCACGUGAAAGGUGAAGUAGAAAAAUCUUCUGAUCGCAGAGUUUGGGAACCAACGUAUGUGAAAAGAGUUGCAAAACAGAUAGCAGAAUGCUACAAAGAAAAUUACAGUAAAUUACCAAAACGAAGUUUAUCUAGAAAAGAAACUAUGCGUGCAGUUAGCAAACCAUUGCUUUCUGCAAGGGAGGAUUAUUAUUGUAAAGAAGAUUAUAAUGAAGAAUCUAAACAAAGCAUUGUAAUUAGUGCACAUCCAAGGCAAAGGUACCUGGCCCAAGACUUAAAAACAAUGUUUGAAAAAGCUGGUCAUGAGAUAUGGUGCUCUGUUGAUCUCAUUGAUACUCAAGCCAAUAUGGGAUCUGAAGAUACAGUUUUAACCGAUCCUCUCACACCUAGAAAUUUACCAACUAUACAAGAAGGAGAUGUUUUCUUCAGCCAGACUGAUGUUGAGAUGUUUAAUUCAAUGGGAGAAAAAAAGUCAUUAUCAAUAUACAAAGAACCCGAAACUUAUGGUAGGAGACCAUUGUCACGAUUAAUGUCUCAGUUUAGUGAUUUAAGUCAACCGUCUACACUGAGUCCCGAAAAACUAGAACAUCUGCGCACCUUCCAACAGAAGGUUGAUCAAGCAGCUGUUGUCAUAGUAUUAGUUUCUGAAGCAUACACAAAAUCUACUUUUUCUCAUCAGCAAGUAUUUUACUGUGAGCACAGAAAGCGAGUGGUACUGGUGAGGUGUGAUGCUGCUCCAAUUCCAAAGUGGUUUAGGCUGUUGAUGGGAAAUGACAUGAUUAUGAAAGUCAACAAUCCACAAUUUGAAUGUGUUCUAAAAGCACGUGUGAAGAGAGCUUUGAAUCCUUCCUCAUCUGAGACUCCCAAGGAUGCUACAGCUGAAGCAAAAAUGAAUUACUUGGUUAACUUUCUUAAACGAAAUUUACCUCUACAAGAUAUGUGUGUUUAUAUAGCUGGUAGCAGUAAACUUCAGACACAACGAGCAGAAGAAAUAUGCAAAGCUAUAGGUUCUGAACUUGCAAAAGUUGAAAGAGUAUCUCUAGUUACUGGUGGCUUUUUUGGAGCAGCUGACACUACUGCUAAAACAUUUUGUGAAUGUCGAGAAAAUAACAGCCAAUUCAGCAAAGAAGAAUCAGCUGUAGUGCACAUUCUACCAAUGCAUGAUUCAGAGGAUUUGACAGCAAAAGCCCGCCAAAAUCCAGAUGGAAGCUUUGAAGCUAUGCCUUAUGGGAAAACAGUAUUUUUAGGAGAUUCUGUGAAAGAAAGAGAAACUGUUGUAGCCAGACUUCUGGAUACUUGCAUUGUAAUUGAAGGUGGUCCGGGUGUUGUUCACGAAGUGGAAGAAUUUAUUUGGAAUGAUCACUUUGUUAUCCCAAUAAUGUCGACAGGAGGGGCAGCUGGUGGACAGUAUGGAGUUCCUGUGAAGAUAUUUGAGUUGCCACCAGGAGUAGACAUUGCAGAUUGGUCAGUACUGUCAGAGAAAGAUGCCACACCAGAAGAAGUUGCUAAAGCUGUUGUGAACAUCAUGGUUAGUUUGAAGAAAGCACUUGCAUCACCCACAAACACACUUCAAAAAUCUACAGCAAUUCAAAAACGUAAAUCACGGAAAAAACUAAUGAAAACACGGAAGGUAAAAGUCCAAGAUCAGGAUAUGCAAGAAAUAGAUAUUGUUCCUGCUUUGUCUUCCAAAACACCCGUAUGCAGAAGGGUUUAUGAAAUGAGAGAAGUCUCCGACAUAUCUCAGUCUAGUACUGAUGAACCAAUUUCUAUAGUGAAGGUAAAAAGUAGUUGGUGGCGAAGAUUCAUAAAUGCUUUGAAACAUAAGAAUUAAAUAAGCUAUUUUUACAAAUGAAUUUUAACAGAUGUUUUAUACUUUUGUAAAACAAUCAAUAUGGACAUGAGCUUUUUCUUUAGAACAGUUGAGUCAAUUAAUUUAUUGUAUUUUUCCCCCUUCAUCAGAUUUUCUUUUGAAAUAAGCUCUAAUUUAUACUGGAAUUACUUAUUAUGGACAAAAAUGUUGAUUGGCAAUCAGAUUAUUUCUCAUCAAAUAAUCAUGUACAAAUAGCAUUUCAUGUUCAGGAGCAGUUAUGGUUUAAUUUAUUUUGACAUUCAUUUGUUAAUGUGAAUCUUGUCAGUUUUCUUUUUUAAAUUUUUUUUUCGCUAUUUCAUAUUUACAUAUUGAUUUUAACAAUUAUUAAAAAAACUGUUUAAAAGCAUUGAUGUAGUUUAAUAUAAUCUUCGGUUGUGAAACACUCUAUAAAUUUUUUAAACAUAUUUCAUUCGUUAAAUAUGAUAGUUUACAAAUUGUUUAAAUAUACAUAUCUUUAUUAUAUGCUAUUUUAUAAUCUAAAUAUGAAAAAUGUUAUGUAUAUCCCAAUGUAUGGAAUGUGAUAAAUUUUAAGGUCACUAACGUGCAAACAUUAAUUUCCAAAAUGUAUGUUUGUUCCUCAUAUUUAUUUGCCUUUGUUCAUAUAUCACAUCAUGUAAAUAUGUCUUCAUGUCAUUUUCACUAGCUUGUAAUUAAAAAUUUGUAUAUUUAUUUAAAAUAUAUAUAUACUUUAUUUAAAAAA